GCUUACUUCCUCUUUCCACCAUUUUUCUUCAUUGUCUUCUUGUUUUACCAACUUCUUCAUUUUCUCAACGCUAUAAAAAAGUAAUUUUGAUUUUGGGUUCCUACCCUUGGGAAGUAAAGGUUUUUUGUUGACAAUUUGGUUCGACAACAUUUAUGAGAAAAAUGUGUUGAGGAAAUGAGCCAUCUUAAUAACAAAGAAUCACCACACACUGACCGACCCAAGUUGACUAGAAAUUUCUAGCCUUCAAAGUCGGCUACUUUUCUUUUCGAAAAUCAUCUUUCCUCCCAAUUUAAUAUGUAUGACCCGUUAAAAACUAACUUGGAAAAUGAAAAGAAAGUUAUAUAUGAACUGUAAUAUCAGUAUCACGCCACUCAUUAUUUCACAAAGGCCUUACCUUUCUUUGGCUUAUGGCUUUUAAAAUAACAUCAUCUUACUUCCUCUUUCCCCCAUUUCUUCAUUGUCUUCUUGUUCUUGCUAUUCUUCUUGUUUUACCAACUUGUUCGUUUUCUCAGCUUUAUAAAAAUGUAACUCUGGGUUCAUCUCUCACUGCAACUCAACUAAAUGAUCACCACUACUAUUGGGUCUCCCAAUCUGGUGAUUUUGCUUUUGGGUUUCUACCCUUGGGAAGUAAAGGGUUUUUGUUGGCCAUUUGGUUCGACAAAAUUGAUGAAAAAACUGUGGUUUGGUCAGCUAAUCGUGAUAAUUUGGUACCUAAAGGUUCCACAAUUCAUUUUACUAGUGAUGGUCAACUUGUGCUGAAUGAUCCUGAAGGCAAUCAAAUAUGGACGGCAACUGCAAGUUCCUCUGGAAAUACUAAUCGAUCUGUUUCCUAUGCUGCGAUGCUUGAUAGUGGAAACUUUGUGUUGGCUGCGAUUAAUUCUGAAAUUUUGUGGCAAAGCUUUGAUGUGCCUACUGAUACAAUUUUACCAUCACAAACUUUGAAUAUGGGUGGAGAUCUUGUUGCUCGUUAUUCAGAAACCAAUUAUAAGAGUGGAAGGUUCCAAACUGAUGGGAAUCUUGUGCUUUACCCAAGAGCAGUCCCUUUGGAUACAGUAAGUAAAGCUUACUGGGCAAGUAACACUGUGGGCUCUGGCUUCCAACUUGUGUUCAACCUCUCUGGUUCCGUUGAUGUCAUUGCAAACAAUAAUACCGUUCUCUCAACUGUGGUAUCAACUACCCUUUUGCCACGAAAUUUUUACCUACGGGCGAUUCUCGAGCAUAAUGGGAUUUUUGGAUUGUAUGUUUACCCAAAGCCCACUCAUAGUUCGUCUAUGCCUGGAGCUUGGUCUCAAGUGUCAGACUCUAUAAACAUUUGUAUCUUGGUGCAGGGUGGUUGGGGAUCUGGAGUGUGUGGGUUUAAUAGUUAUUGUAGGCUUGGGGAUGAUCAGAGGCCAUAUUGUUCUUGUCCACCUGGCUAUGUCUUGCUUGAUCCAAAUGAUGAGAUCAAGGGUUGUAAACCCAACUUUGUAGCUCAGAGUUGCGAUCAAUCCUUUCUUGAAACUGAUAACUUUGAAUUUGUUGCUUUGGAAAAUACUAAUUGGCCUCAGGCUGAUUAUGGCUAUUUCAAACCAGUAAGUGAGGAAUGGUGCAGAAACGAAUGUAUGAACGAUUGUUUUUGUGCGGUUUCCUUUUUUAGGAAUGGUGAAUGUUGGAAGAAGAGGUUUCCUCUAGCUGAUGGACGAAUGGAUCCCAGUGUUGGUGGAAGAGCACUUCUCAAAGUUAGGAAACAAAACUCUUCUUUCCCACCUAGUGAUCUUGUCCAUAAACCUACAGUAGUUUUCGUUGGAUCAGUUCUAUUAGGAAGCUCUGUAUUUCUCAACUUCUUCUUAUUCCUUCUCACUUUAUUCAUUGGUUACAGACUCAAGAAAAGGAAAUCAAAGCCUGUUCAACGAGAUCCAUCUAUUUUAGAUGUGAAUUUGAGGAUCUUUAGCUAUGAAGAGCUCAACAAGGCCACAAGUGGAUUCAUCCACCAGUUGGGGCGUGGCUCUUUUGCUACUGUUUAUAAAGGGACUAUUGACUCUGAGGACAACAAUAACUUGGUUGCUAUUAAAAAGUUGGACAAUUUAGUGCAAGAGGGAGACCAAGAAUUUAAAGCUGAAGUGAGUGCUAUUGUUGGAACAAACCACAAGAACUUAGUUCGAUUGCUUGGCUUUUGCAAUGAAGGAGAACAUAGAAUGUUGGUGUAUGAAUUCAUGCAUAAUGGGUCUCUUGCAGAUUUCCUUUCUGGGACUUCGAAACCAAAUUGGCAUAGCAGAAUUAAAAUUAUUUUAGAGACGGCCAGAGGACUGUGUUAUCUACACGAAGGGUGUAGUUCUCAAACCAUUCAUUGUGAUAUUAAGCCUCAAAACAUCCUUCUCGACGAGUCGUUUACCGCACGGAUUGCAGACUUUGGCUUGGCCCAAUUUGUGAAAAAAGAUCAAGCUCGAACCACCCCGAUGACAACGACAAUUAGAGAAAGCGAAGGAUAUUUAGCUCUAGAGUGGUUCAGAGGCCUCCCCAUCACAGAAAAGGUGGAUGUUUAUAGUUUUGGGAUAUUGUUGUUGGAGAUAAUAUGUUGUAAAAGGAGUUUGGAGGAGAAAGCAGAGGAUGAAAAACAAAAGGUGUUGACAGAUUGGGCUUAUGAGUGUUUCAAAGAGAUGAAAGUGGAGAUGUUGGUAGAAAAGGAUGAAGAAGCAAAGAUGGAGUUGGAAAGGGUGAAGAAGUUUGUGAUGAUAGCAAUAUGGUGCAUUCAAGAGGAACCAUCUCUAAGGCCAACCAUGAAGAAAGUUUUACAGAUGAUGGAAGGUGCCAUUGAAGUUUCCUUUCCUCCUCAUCCAUCUUCCUUCAUUAGUUCCAUCUCUUAGUACUUUCUUUUCAGUUGUUUACUUUCAUUAUUUUCUUUAUAAAAUUGAUCAAAACUAGGUGUUUUUUUUUAGAUUUAUGGCCGCCUGAUUAAUCCAAUGUAAUUUGAAAGUUUAGGAUGUGUUUGUCUCA